AUGGGGAACCACAGCCUCCUCGCCGCCUUCCUGGCCGCUGCCCUCGCCGCCCUCCUGCCGCUUCCCGCCGCCCCCUCGGCCCACCGCAAGCUCCUGGUAUUCCUGCUCGACGGCUUUCGCUUCGACUACAUCGAUGACAGCGAGCUGGAGGGUCUGCCGGGCUUUCGGGACAUUGUGAAGAUGGGGGUGAAGGUGGAUUACAUGACCCCAGACUUCCCCAGCCUCUCCUACCCAAAUUACUACACGCUGAUGACAGGUCGCCACUGUGAGGUCCAUCAGAUGACUGGAAACUACAUGUGGGACCAGAAGGCAAAUGUAUCUUUUGAUAUUGGUGUGAAUAAAGAAAGCCUGAUGCCUCUCUGGUGGAAUGGAUCUGAGCCUUUGUGGGUCACAAUGAUGAAAGCUAAAAAGAACGUUUCCAUGUACUAUUGGCCAGGUUGUGAGGUCGAAAUCCUUGGAGUCAGACCAAGUUACUGCCGUGAAUACUUCAGUGUCCCAACAGACAAAAACUUUGCAGAUGCCAUCAUCGAUGCCCUCGAGUCCUUGUGCAAUGGCAGCGCAGAGAUGGCCGCAGUGUACUACGAGCGCAUUGACGUGGAAGGCCACCACUACGGCCCUGCGUCCCAGCAGAGGAAGGACGCUUUGAAGGAGGUGGACAAAGCCUUGAGCAACAUGAUCUCACUCAUCAAGAGCAAAGGCCUUCAGAAUGAAGUCAAUGUCCUCCUCUUCUCUGACCACGGGAUGACAGACAUCUCCUGGGCAGACAAAGUGAUUGAGCUGAACAAAUAUAUCAACAUGAGCGAUACCAUACAAAUGAAGGACCGAGGUCCUGUUGUGAGCCUCUGGCCGGUUCCGGAGAAGCACGCAGAGAUAUAUCAGAAAUUAAAAGCUGUGGAACACAUGGAUGUUUAUAACAUACAGGAUAUUCCAAACAGGUUUUUCUAAAAAGGAAAAUUUGUGUCUCCACUAACUCUUGUGGCUGAGGAAGGAUGGUUCAUAGUAGAGAGCAGGGACAAGCUGCCCUUCUGGGAAAAUGGGACGGGGAAGAAGGAGGCCUGGCAGAAUGGCUGGCACGGCUACGACAACGAGCUCAUGGACAUGAGGGGCUUCUUCCUCGCAUAUGGACCAGAUUUCCGAUCCAACUACCGAGCACCUCCCAUCAGAUCCGUGGAUGUUUACAACAUCAUGUGCAGCCUGGCAGGAAUACAGCCACUGCCCAACAAUGGCUCCUGGUCCAGGGUGGAGUGCAUGCUCCGAAACACAGCCCCCUUGGCACCACUCCCCCCGUGCAGCAGCUGUGCCCUGGCACUAGCUGUGCUCUCCCUGUUCGCCAAGCAGAUCUCCUUACUGUGAUCCCUGAACAAUGUUGGUCAGUGUCACCAGCAACUCCAUUUUUCUCUGUUUUUUUUUAAAAGUUCUUCAUUUGAAUAAUAGCUUCAUUAAUAGAGUGUUGUCCCCCACUCCUCCACUGUGCUCCACCAGGCGUGAAUCUGACCCAUUCUGCAUUUACAGUGGUUGUAACAUGAACAUGUUCCAAACAACAACAUGCUCCAAACACAGCCAGGGAAGUUGAUGUUGUUUCUCUAGAUGUACAGCUCUGGCAAUGAGAGCAGAAUCCUGGCUGGCUAUCCACAAUAUUUGCUGGUGGGUGCUCGUGGGGAUCUCUGAGCAUCAAGCACAUCUCACACAGCGUCUUUCUCUGAGGCGCUCACCCUGGCUCCUGGUACUGAGAAGCUCAGGAGUGGAGACAGACCUCUCUGCAUUUAACUGCGUUCUUCCUGCCUUACUUCUUCAUCUCCAGCUCCAUCACCAGCAGAGCCCCAUGUUCUUACAGUGCCAGCCAAGCCCUGUCUAUACUGACCCAUUCUUCAAAGAGCCAAGAACUUUGCUGAGUCACCAUAAUGCUAAGAGAGGUGGGUUGGCACAAGAGCAGUGAGAUCCUACUUCUCUCAGCCUUUCCUUCUUCAUUAUCCCCAGCAUGAGUCCUGGCCCUGCAUGUUUCCAGGACCUGGCUUACCUCAUGGACCACAGCGGUGGGGAGGGCUGAGAAAGGGGAGAGCAAGAGAAAUCCUCCACUUCAAAACCAGUGGGAAAAUGAAGAGGCAUCUGGACACAAAGGGUCAGGAGAAAGUAGGAUGAAGAAGCCUUGAAUUUAACAGCUUCUUUGCUUUUCCUGGUGAAGAUAAUAUCAUCUGCUCAGCUUUUGGUGUUUUGUACUCAAUUGUGUUUCUGAAGUUUUGUGAAACUUCCUGUUUUUCUACCAGCUCUUGCUCUCUACACCUCUGCCAGGGGACCAGCACAUUCCUCUUUAUUCUGAUGCAGGGAAAAGAGGUCUACACUGAGAGAUCUCCCACCCUCCCAGUUAAUCCUAGUGAUUAUUUCCACCACAUACUAUCAAGCAUAAACAAAGUUAUAACAGUAAUGGCCAGUCUUCGCGAGCGAAGAUCCGGGGAAGGUCUUUACACCUUCCAGCCUGCGCAUUGGAUUUUUUAGGUGAGACACAGUGUGCGCGGAACUGAGCCCACCCUUUAAUCCUAAGGUUCAUCUGCCGGGGCCAAGCGAGCUUGGACGGUGGCAGCGAGGUCCUUAGGACGUAGGUGGGUUGCCUUUAAGGGCUAACGAGCCCCACCUGCCCGGGAGUGGCCCUGACCGGGAAUCAAACCCGGGUCUCCGCGGUGAUAGCGCGGCGCCUUUACCACUAGACCACCAGGGGCUCCAAAGUUAUAACAGUAAAGUUAGAUUAAGUAGCAGGAGAGGAUAGAGCUGUUGCCAGAGGUGCCUUUGUAAGUGCCCAGUGCUUUAUCUGAUAUACCUCUGGACAGGGAACUUUCAGCAACAAACUGCCUUUGGAAGGAUUUAGGUCCCUCCCCAUUCAAAACAAACCUCUAGGACUUACUACUCUUAUGGAUCCAGAGUAAGGCAUGAUCCAGGUAUGUGUGGUACAGCACAUUUAAGGUGAAUGAUUGCACCAUGGAAAAAAAAAACAAGCACCAAAUUAAACUUCACAAAGACUUCUGUACUAGCUGUAAAGAUUUAUGUAAUGUGUUUUUAAAGCUCAAGUGAACCAUCAAAUCAAUUGGGAAAAAAAAAGGGAGAAAACCAGUCUUUGUUAUUAUAAUGGCCAGUCUUCGCGAGCGAAGAUCCGGGGAAGGUCUUUACACCUUCCAGCCUGCGCAUUGGAUUUUUUUUAGGUGAGACACAGUGUGCGCGGAACUGAGCCCACCCUUUAAUCCUAAGGUUCAUCUGCCGGGGCCAAGCGAGCUUGGACGGUGGCAGUGAGGUCCUCAGGACGUAGGUGGGUUGCCUUUAAGGGCUAACGAGCCCCACCUGCCCGGGAGUGGCCCUGACCGGGAAUCGAACCCGGGUCUCCGCGGUGACAGCGCGGCGCCUUUACCCCCUAGACCACCAGGGGCUCCCUUUUGUUAUUAGACUGUUGAGUAUAAAAGACAGUUUAGUGCUUUCAAAACAUUUGCAGUAGCUGUAAAACAAGCACCUAUUGUUCAGAGUUCCCUGUUGCUCUUUAAUGGACCAUGCUCAAUGAAAUCACUGGAGCACAUUUUUAAAGUAAAAAAAAAGAAAAAAAAUAUCUAUACCAGCAUGCAAGAUAACCAAAUUACCAAGUUUUGUUUGAAAAUCAACAGGAUAGAUGCCAUCAGUGCCUAAUCCCUCCAUAGCCUGCCAUUUUAACUCUUCGCAGUGAACAGAACCCAAGAUCUUCUUACAGAGAAGGAAAGUUUCUAAAGGUAUAGGGGUAUAUUCAGCUUCUCAGUUAUACAAGCAGAAAUUGGAAAUAACAAACUGGGUCCACUGAGUUGUUCCACAGAUGGGCCAUGAAGCAUGAAACCAACACUGAUCUUGUGAGUACUUUGUGUAACUCAUUUUGCUCAGUGUCCACAUGCAAGUACUGAGGAGUAAAUCUUCUUUUUGCAUAAUUGCAAUAUGAUUUGUUUGACCUUAAUGCAAGCAUUGUGCGUACGGUAAAAGAUACUUGGUCUGCAAAAGGGAAAUUGAUAGGAGACCUUCAAGAAGAUCAUUAGCUCUGGGAGAACCACAGCUCAUUAUUUUUUGAAAAGUGCAUCUUUCUUCCUCAGAAAUGUUGUACCUCUGAAUCAGUUCACAUUCUCAUUCAAAAAUCAAGUGUCUUAUCUCUCACCUAUUUUUCUGUAUACUAUGCAAUGGAAGUGGGUGUAUUUUAAAACAUAUUUCUGAAUGAUGUUUUUAUACAGUGACUGAUUGUGAAUGAGUGAAUAAUCCUAAGAAUGGUGUUUGGAAAAAAAUGCAUCUUUUUGUAAAUAUUGUAAGAUUUUUGAAAAAAACAACAACAACCAACCAACAACCCAAAACCUGCCCCAUAACAUCUUGCCUUUCUUGUCUUUGCUGCAUCAAAGUGUGAUAAACAGUGUUUGAAACUUGUGCUGAUUAAUUAUCAGAAAGAUGAAUGUAAACAUUGUUUAGAAAUGGCAAAGUUGUCAGCAUGUAAAUUAGGGACAUUAAAUACAUCACAUAAGAUACUGUA